CUUUCUCCACCGAAAAUUUGCGGAUACUGGGGUAUCGUCGACGGAUCAUCGCAGUAGUGUCAGGCUCUAGUUCCCCUCUAGACCUGCAUUGCGGCGGUGUUCAACCAGCGCCAGCCCAGGAUCGUUGGCUCGUCAAGUUGGAGUCUGGACGGCACCAGCCAUGUCGCGAUGCACAUCGCGUGCAAGCUGGGAGAAGAUAUAUAUCCAGUCGAGUAUGCCCUCGUUGAAUAUCAUCAGCUUCAAGCUUUUCCAGCUUCUUCAGCAUCUGAGCAUUGCUUCAUAGAUCUGCUUAGCUCCUGUCUACCUUCGCACCUCACAACUACUUUUCCACAUCAAAACCUUUCCACCCCACAACUACCUUUCCACAAUGGUUCUCGGACUCGGUGGCUCUCAGGAGCCCACUUUGGACCAGGUCCACGAGCAGCAAGCUCGUCGUCCGUCCACUGUCGAGGUCAUCAACGAGGAUGUCCGCCGCAAGAGUGUUGACAACCGCGUCGUCACUGGUGCUUCUCAGUUGACUACCAGGCAAUCCAUCAUUCCCGUUGCUUUGGUCACACUCCUCUUCUUCCUCUGGGGUUUCGCCUACGGUCUUCUCGAUGUCCUCAACGCUCGCUUCCAGGUUGCGUUGAGCAUCUCUCAGGGACAGUCAUCUGGUCUCCAAGCCGCCUACUUUGGUGCCUACUUCAUUGGUCCUCUGACAUACUCUGGUUGGUUCCUUCGCAAAUUCGGUUACCGCUACACCUUCAUGCUCGGUCUGGGCAUCUACUGCGUCGGCGCCCUCAUGUUCUGGCCCUCCGCUGUCAAGCGAAGCUUCGGUGGCUUCUGCGGCUCCAUGUUUAUUGUUGGCUCUGGAUUGUCCACUCUGGAGACCUCCGCCAACCCUUACAUUGCCGUUUGCGGUCCUCCCAAGUGGGCUGAGUUCCGUCUCGAGCUUUCUCAGUCUUUCCAGGCUGUUGGCUCCGUUGUCGCACCUGUAUUGGCUUCAUUUGUGAUUUUCAAGAACGUCGGUACAGACGGUAAGAGCUUGGAAGCCGUCCAGUAUGUGUAUCUUGGUAUUGCGGUGUUCGUGGGAAUUUUGGCGGUGGUGUUUUACUUCGCUCCCAUCCCCGAGAUCACCGACUCCGACAUGGCCGACCAGGCUGAAAUGAUGACCUCUGCUACUGGAUACGUCGAUAAGCCUCUUCGCAAGCAGUACACACUCUUCUUUGGUGUUGCGGCUCAGUUUUGCUACGUUGGCGCUCAAGUCGGUAUCGCCUCCUUCUUCAUCAACUUCUUCACGCAGGCACACCCCAACCUCACACUCACCGAGGCUCACCACCAGGGCGCCAACUACUAUGCUAUUGCGCAGGCUCUCUUCGCCGUUGGUCGUUUCAGCGCUGCCGGCUUCAUGUACGUUGGCAUCAAGCCCCGUAUGGUCUUGCUCGUCUACCAGACCGCCAUCAUGAUCUUCCUCGCUGCCGCCAUUGGUGUCAACACUGGUAACCCUAACUGGGGCGGAAUUGCCAUCCUCAUGGUUGUUCUCUUCUUCGAAUCUUGCAUUUUCCCUAUCAUCUUCGCAUUGACUCUUCGUGGCCUUGGUCGUCACACCAAGCGUGGAGCUUCCUUCCUGGUCGCCUCCGUCUCUGGCGGCGCCAUCGUUCCCGUCAUCCUUGGCAAUGUCGCCGACCGCAUCGGCACCCAGCGCGCCAUGGUCGUUCCCCUGGCUUUCUUCCUCAUCGCCUGGGCCUACCCCAUCUACCUCAACAUCUACAAGGCCAAGGAGCUCGACGCCUACACCGAGUCCAAGGUCGGUACCGCUGAGGAGGGCACCGUCGACUUCGACUCCAUUGUCGCCACCAAGGAUCUUGAGGCUGGUCGCUACGAGAAGGCAUAGAUAUCUUCUACUAUUUGAUUUCCAGGAGUUUGUGGCACGGAUUGGGAUGAUACAUGGAAUGGCUUGUAUGGGAUUGUAUAUGGCCCUGCGAAAGACUCCUGAUAGCCGGAUGGAGCCUUGUAUAUAGACCGGCUUUGCAUAUACGCUCUCCAUACCCCAUGAUUACACGAUUACGAAUGAGAAUGUCUUUUCUAAAACCUUC